AUGGCAACGUUACAUACCUCGGAUAAAUCUUCCGGCGGUGCUUCGCUCUAUUUCAUCAUGCUAUUCCGAAAAAACGAAAAGGAAAAUCGCGCCAAAGCGGCUCUUUGGUCCCUCUUCUGGAGCGAAAGACCGCCAUUCUCAGGUAGUGAGGCGAGUAAGAGGGAACAACGGCGCAUUCCUGAGCCUCGUCACGGCAUGGAGAAGGAUUCUGCCAUGGACAUCGAUCUUCAACCGGAAGAAGAAGUCGAAGGAGAUCCCGAUCCAAAUGGUGAUGGUGCGGUUGUUGAUCUACCUGGCUGGAGCUGGAUCGUGUCUCGCAUUCUCAAGACUUGCAUUGCUUAUUCCAGCGGCGUCACACCUGCGAUACUGCUCUCCGAACUCUCUCUGGCUUGGAGUGAGCAACGCAGAAUCGGGGCUUCGACGAAGAGGCUAGAAUUUAUCGAGCACUUAAAGAAGAAUAACCGGAGAACGAAAUUGCCAAACACUGUCACCAUUGAUUCGAUAUAUGAGAAAAAUUUCUUGUCCUUAAACAGUGUUCUGGAAGCGGUUAUUGUUGAUGCAUUUGUUCUUCCAGGCACAAACAUCCAAAUGCUAACGUUAGGAGACUAUUCAAGUUCCAAUCUCGUCGAUCUCUAUCUCCACCGCAG